AUGAUUAAAGAUGAUAAAUCUACUCCAACAUCAAUUCCUCCUCUGAUUCCAACAAAGUUUGGAGCAUCACUGUUAUGCAACCAUUUGAAACCUCAAAGGGACCGAUGUAUAUCCAGUUAUCAUUAUCGAAUGCCAGACGGGUCGUGCAAUAAUCCGUACACUGGUGUCCUAAAAGGUGCUUCAUUAACAGCUCAGGCAAGGUUUGUGGAUCCAGAAUAUGGGGACCCUGAUAAUUUAGGAUAUAUUCCAAGAAUUUAUGGUAAAAAUGGAAAAUUGACAAGUCCAAGAGAAAUUUCGAAUGUGGUAUUGAGUACGACAAAAGAUUUUAGGUCCCCUAGAAGUACAAGAUACACUCUUACUUUAGUUCACUUUGCACAGUUUGUUGAUCAUGACGUCAUCAAAACGCCGGCAACUAAGAUUCCUGAUUCUACUCCUAAUGAUAUGUUCAAUGAACAGAAAAUAGAAGAUUGUGAUGAAGAUUGUGUUAAACCUAAAGAGCAUUGUUUUCCAUUUGAAAUUCCAGAUGAUCAUUUUCAGAACGAGUUUCGUACCAAAUGUAUGCACUUUGUGAGGAAUAAACCUGCCCCACCAGAUUGGUGUUUGCCAGGUCCAAGACAACAACUAAACGAACGAACUGCUUUCCUAGAUUUAUCGGCAACAUAUGGAAGCAGCCAGAUACGUGUUGAUGAACUACGGCAAUGGAAAGGAGGACGACUCAAUGCGAGCAAAGACGAUCUACUACCUGACGGCCCACCUGUUGGUGAUUGUCUACCAGAUCAAGUUUGUUUCAAUUCGGGGGAUUACAGAUUCCAGGAAAUUCCAAUGUUGACAGUCAUUCACAUCGUUUUCCUACGUGAACACAAUAGAAUAGCAGGAAUACUCAGUAAACUAAACCGUCAUUGGAACGACGAAAAACUGUUUCAGGAGUCCAAAAAAAUUCUGACUGGGAUAUACCAACAUAUUAUCUACAACGAAUUUUUGCCAUUGCUUGUAGGUAGAGACAUGGCAUAUGGUUCAAAUUUGAUCAGCUCAAAAACUGGUCAUCGUAAUUCUUUCAGUGCUUACGCUGACCCAAGUACUUUAAACGAAUUUGGAGCAGCUGCGUUUAGAUUUGGACAUUCUUUAGUUGGACGCCAUACUGGUUCGAUGGAUAGAAAUUUUAAAAUUAAAGCUUCUGAAGAAAUGAGACGAGAUUUUUUUAAUAACGACAAAAUGCGUGACUUAAACAUAUAUGGUCCAACUCGAAUGGGUCGAUGGAUGGCUGAAACACUGAUGCGAAAAAGAGACAGAUUUAUAUCGGACCAGAUUAGAAAUCAUUUGUUUGAAACAAAAUUUGAUGGCCCUAGUGAUGGAUUUGACCUUGCAUCACUUAAUAUACAGAGAGGAAGAGACCAUGGAAUUCCAGGUUAUAAUAAGCUAAGGAUGUACUGUGGUCUGUACCCAGCAAAUGUAUUUAACAUUGGACCCAUGGGAUUUCGUGAUCAUGAUUACGAGACAGUAAAGAAACUGUCACAAGUUUACAGGCAUCCCAAUGACGUAGAUUUAUUUGUUGGAGGGAUUACAGAAAAACCAAGCUACAAUGGUGACAUACUUGGCCCAACAUUCAAAUGUUUGAUAGCACAACAGUUUCAGAGGUACAAAGAAGGUGACCGAUUCUUUUACGAAAAUAAUUUCACCAACACCGGUUUUACAUUAGAUCAGAUAAAUGAGAUAAAGAAACAAACGUUUGCUGGUAUUUAUUGUCGGAGCCUUAAGUUGAAGUCCAUACAGCCAAAGAUUUUUGAAAAAGGAGGCACAAAUCGGAGACUACAUUGUGAUUCAGUUCCAUCACCAGAUCUUAAUCUUUGGAAGGAAAAAUAG